GGGGCCACUUCAGUUCAGGCGAUGGAGAAUCCUCUCUUUUUUCUGGGAAGUGUUGGUUCCACAUGGCUGAGCAUGGUGUCCACCAGCUGGGCAGUGGACAUGAUUCUCGCCUUUGUGUCAGGGGUGGUGCUCUUUAUCCUACUGAUCCCUUUCCUUCAGACCAACCCAUCCUUCCCGCCAACUGAGAAAGAGAACAACAGAAAGAACCACAUGGAGAAGAAGGGGCAGAAGAAAAGGAGGAAGAAGAGCUGUCUUCUGAAAGCUUGCAGAGAGUGCCGAAGGGAACUAGAGGAGACUGGGCAUCUAGUUUUACUUCUACAAAGUGGCCUCAAAGGGGGUCUCUGUGAUUGUGCCAUUGUGGGCUUAUCUGGAAAGAUCUUUGGGGUCCUGUAUGGGAAUCUCAAGUAG